AUGGAACAGCAGCAGCUCUCCAAGCCAGAGAGCAAAAACAUGGACGCGUGUCUGAGGCGACUGAAGCAAGAAGUGCUGUCCAUGAAAGAAGCCGGUGAUGGCCUCCACGCUCAGAUGAAUUCCAUGAUGGGAGCCCUCCAGGAACUCAAGCUCCUCCAGGUUCAGACAGCUCUCGACAACCUCGACAUCUCAGGUCGGGCUAUCAACCGAGGGAUGCCACAUCCAGCUCCAUCAGCUGCUCCUAACGCAUCAGCUGCAGCAACUCCAGCUUCAGAAACGGAUAACGUGUCCUGCUUUAGCCAGAGCCUGCCAGUAGAGCCCAGCCCAAGUCCAAUGUCAAGUCCAAGGAUGUCUCUGGAGAGCAGAAACACCUUCAGCAGGGCUGGCCCAAGCAGAAGCAGCAUGGGAACCUCAUCUUCUUCCGUAUCCAGUCUGCAGAGUGAGGGUGAGAGAAACUUAAUAACAGCAAGAAAUGAGAAUGACCUUGAGUCAGUACCCAAACGUUGGUCAGGAUACAUGGCCCCCCAAGUGGACUUCUACGGACCAACGGUGGGAAACCCCCCACCAGAGCCCUACCCUCAACCACAGGCUCAGGCUCAUGCUCAGGCCAAGGCUCAGAGAGUGGAUCUGCCUGGCAUCCUGUACAGCCUCUCCAGGGAGGGCCCUUCACUAGACAGCGACUACUCCCGGGACAGCACAGAUGAUCCCAGCGACUGGACCUCCUCGCUCAUGAGCCGCAGCCGCAACCGUCAACCGCUAGUGCUGGGAGACAACGUCUUCGCCGACCUAGUGGGUAACUGGUUGGACCUGCCCGAGAUGGAGAGGGAGGAGGUGGAAGAAGAGGAGAGGAGGAAGAGGAGAGAGGAGAGGACAGCAGAUGGUGAAGCAGACAGACCGGACACCCCAGCUCAUCCUCUCCGCCUCAGCCGCUCGCAGGAGAUCUGCAGGAAGUUCUCGCUCACCACGAACAUCUUCAAGAAGUUCCUGCGCAGCGUUCGGCCCGACAGGGACAAGCUGCUCAAGGAGAGGCCGGGCUGGAUGGCUCCCGAGCAGCCAGAGGACGACCUCUUCAAAAGACCCAAAAAAGUGGUUCCUAAGAAUUCCAAAGGCAGCUUCUACCUGCCGUUCUGGGCGAACGGACAGCAGGGCAAAGGCCGGGCCUGUCCACUUCAAGCAGAAGCAGAGAGGAACCAACAACAUCACUUCCCCCACUUUUGCCAACAGCCAUUUGCAGGGAUUUAUUUAGACAGGAGACAGCCAGAGACUGGUCUGGACAAAAUGCAGCCCUUGUUUGACUACAACACAGCUGUGUGGGUCUGA